AUGAUUCGUCGAAGAUUUGAGGCGGCACAAACACUCAUGAGCGCAAAACCACAGAUAAUUCAGCAUCUCACAACCUCAAGAUCCGUCUCCAAGACCCACGCCGUCGUCGUCUCGUUCACCACUCUCUUCCCUAUCAUCCCCUCCUCCCAAUCCUUCACCGCGCGCGCCUGAAACUCGACACUCAAUUCCGCCGGCGCGCCACACGACCCAACAACACCACCAUCACCCUCAUCCUCGGCAACAAGACGCUGCGAGAACUGUCCAGUCAAAGGCCCUCUAACAUCAAGCAUUCCCACACUCUACGCACAAACCAUCAGCUCCGAC